CCUUGGGACACUCAGUCAGUUGGUCACUGUCUUUCAGCUGGCUGUCUGGCAGGGUAGUCUAGCUGCUGGGGUUCAGCUGAAAAAUAUACUCGAACUGAGAAAAAAGAAUUUAAAAUGGAGCUUUCCUCAUUGGAAACUUCAUGUGAUUCUGUUCCGGACAAGGAAUUUGAUUCGUCAGGCUUAACUGCUUCUGUCCAUCCAGCGUGUGACAAAAGAGCAGCCAGUGAUGCUGCCUCUGGCCCUCCAAGUGAAGAAGGGUCUUCACAAACUUUGACUCCGCAACCCUGCUCAAAAAGAGAGUGUCUGAACUCAUCGGAGGAGAGCUCUAGCAAAGGCGAUGUCUCUGCAUGCUUCAGCUUUCUGAAGAAGCUCUGGGAUGUUGUUGAAAGCGAUCGGUUUGAGUCCAUUUGGUGGGGUGACAACGGGCAGUGUGUUGUGAUUCAUGAAGAAUUGUUUGAAGAGGAAGUACUAGCAAGGAGAGGACAUCUGAGAAUUUUUGGAAGUGAGAACAUGAGAAGCUUCACUGAUUGCCUCCAGCUGCAUGGAUUCACCAGAAAGCUGGGGGAUUUUCCAAAAUUGGGCUUGCACAGUGACUUGACAGCGGAAGAGGCAGCUAGGGAGUUUCACUUCUACUACAACCCAAAUUUUAGAAGAUACUUUCCAUAUUCGCUAAGGGAGUAUAAGCAACGCUUUGACCCAAACAGUCAAACAGCGGCAGGAGUUUCACCAGACACAGAUUAUUUGCAUGCACGCUGCCGGAAGAGAAAACCAGAUGUUGAGGUUGUGUGGGAAACCACUUCCGAGGAGGAGAGCGGUCCGUUGGCAGCAGCUCCGAGGGAGAACACGUGCACCCCUGCGCCCAGGAAGACGGCACGCGCCAAGGGCCGCGCCAAGGGCCGCGCCAAGGCAGCUGCCCGCGCCAAGGCAGCUGCCCGAGCCAGACGUGCCUCUACAUCUGCCCACACCUCUGCCCUGGCCCAGGCCGACCCUGCGGAGCAGUAGGCAGGGAGCAACUCCAUCCUCUGGCCCCAGCACAGCAGCCCCGGCCCGGCCGGCACGCCGGGGGCUGCUGCCGCCUCACCAGGCCCCGCCGUGCCGGCCAGGCCCAACAGCCACUUUCCGCCAGGGCCGGCACCUCCCGCCUCUCCAGCCGUGCUGGCGGCAGCCCCUGCCCUGUCCAGGCCGAGGCCACCUCUGGGCCAACCCCCCCCCCACCCCUGCUGCCCCCCUGCACGUGUGGUCCCAACAGCGGCCCUGCAGGCAAUGGGCUCGCCCUGGGACACGUUCCUAGGGAAUAGAGUCUCUCUUAUGUGUUCCAAUAAACUGUUUCAAUAAAAGCCUA